CAAUUGAAAGAAGGGUAAACUCUUAGCCCUAAUUUUUCUCUCAACGGAAAACUUUCUUCGCACAGUUACUCUGCCACGCACUUUCGCACACUUCAAUCGACACCGGCCAUGUAUGUACGGUACUGAAGGACUGCACUCAAUAGGAGUACGUGUAUAGCAAGGUAAUCACUUUGCUAUGAGAAUGUUUAGUAGUAUACACUGCAGUGCAAUCGCUCAGCCCGGUUGGAAAGCCCCCUGGAAUAUUUGUGUAUUAAUAUAUUUGAUUAUAUAUACAGGAUACAUUUUACUCCGUAAGUCGCUUUUCUUCUAUUCUAUUCUGUAAAGAAAAAGAAAGCAUAAACUAUCUCACAGCCGUUUUGCAGGCUUUCUUUAGGGUGUGAUUGGGAGUCAGAUUUUUGGGGGGAGAGGAAGGGAUAUGAGGGUCAAUGACCCCCCGUUUUGCGUUUGGGAGUUUUUUAAAAUGGAAGGAAAGUUUUUGAAGGUUUUUUAAAAUCCUCCUAAACCCCUCUAAGACGGACUUUUCUAAUUCCCCCAAAUCGGGAGGUUUCGAAGGACCAACCGAUCAAGCAACUAGCCCAGCUCUACUAACGACAAUCUUUUCCCAACUAUGGUAUCCGCUAGGAACCCUACCUGAAGUUUUUUCUCUGCUCGAUCAAAUCGCUAGGAACACUUGCUGCUUGAAGCUUUUUCUCUGCUCGAUCAAAUCGCUAGGAACCCUUGCUGCUUGAAGUGGAUCCUCUGCUAUCGACGCCACACCUUCACUACUUCACCGAAAUUCUCAGGCCAUAUCAGUGAAGGCAAAGGCGUGUGAAAGUCAAGCUUCUGACCUUUUUAUGUUAUUGAUUGGGAUAAAUAUAACUGCUAGUACUUAUUUGAAAUAAAAUGUGAGACUUAAUACGCUGAGAUAUUAUUGUCCUAUGAUGGUUAAAGUUAGUUGUGUUCCUUUAUACGUAGUAUAUUUAUUUUUCAUUUUGGUUUAAUUUUUUGUCAAAAGUAUGGGUAUAUAGCAAGUUUUUGGAUAUUAUACUUCAAUUAUUAAAAACUUUUUUAAUAAAAAAACAAUAAUUUUUUGUUUGCUUUUGUGAAAUUGAAAUGUGAAUUUAAAUAUUGUUAUUUAUUUAAAUAAUUAUUAUUCUCUCAAAAAAAAAUUAAAUAAUCAUUAUGAUGUUUUUUUAAAAAAUAUGACUUCAUUUUCUGACUCUUUUUUUUUUUUACUUAUUAGCUUACUAGUUGUUUUUUCAUUAAAUACGUAAUUUUUUUAUUUUGUGCACUGAAUUAUAUAAUAAUAAACCGUUUUUGGAAAUUUUAUAAUUUUUUAUUUUGAAUUUGAUAUUACCAUACUCUUCAUAAUUUAUAUAUGUAAAUAUUGAAGCAAUUUUUCAAGAAAAAAUAUCAAAGCAACUAUUAAUCUAAUCUAAAUAAUAAAAAUAUAUGUAACAUUCAAUGUACUAUAAUGUUUAUACAAUGAGAAAGGGGUACAUGGGUCAUUUUAAAUAUAUGUCCUCCAAAACCCUCCACUUUUGGAAUUUAUUACUCCCAAACAAGAGGAGGGAAUCCAUUUCCAUCUCCCUCCCCUUCCCUUCCCUCUACUCCCCCUCAAAGCCUUCCCCUUCUCUCACCCUCAAACUCCCAAACACACCCUUAGACUUUUAUGUAUGUUAGGUUGAGUUACUAGUCUAGUAGUCUUUAAUCCAAUAUGUCUCAAGAAAUUUAGAGAGGCAUUUUCUUCUAUUCUAUUCUAUAAAGAAAAAGAAAGCAUUAGCUAUCUCUCAGCCGUUUUGCAGGCUUUCUUUAGACUUUUAUGUAUGUUAGGUUGAGUUACUAGUCUAGUAGUCUUUAAUCCAAUAUGUCUCAAGAAAUUUAGAGAGGCAUUUUCUUCUAUUCUAUUCUAUAAAGAAAAAGAAAGCAUUAGCUAUCUCUCAGCCGUUUGCACGCUUUCUUUAGACUUUUAUCUUUGUGAUGGCUCCAGCUAUAUAAAAACUUAAAACAAACGCAUAAAGAGAUUUAUAAAGGAGAGGGGAGAGUACAAAGAAUCAAAAUGAACUAUUUGCUCUUUGCUAUUUUACUAGUGUUUCACUUUAAUAUGAGUAGCUCAAUUCUCAAAAAAAAAAGUGUAGUCUGGGGGUUUUACAUCUGGUAAUCCUUUUGUAUUUUCUCAAUUCUCAAAAUGAACUAUUUGCUCCUUUCUAUUUAAUGUGUUUGUAUUGUUUGUGUUGACAUGUUCAGAGAUGGAAUUCAAUGGUUCAUGAUGGACUUAUGUGUGUUUGUACAGCAUGUUAGAUCGAGUUGAACUCGUUAUUUACCAUGGCGGAACUUUCAUCAGCGUUCCUGAGUGCAUUUACAGAGGUGGUGCAGUAAACUCUAUCACUAUAGACCCGGAUUUGAUUUCAUACACCCAUCUUCUCAUGUUUCUAAAAGAGGGAUCGUAUGGCAACAUUGAAGCUUUGUACUUCAAAAAGGCCACAGGACCCCCAAGGCAGACAGAAAUGACCGAAGAUGUAGAGGGAAGUCUAGCCGUAGUGGUGCAAGUUCAACCCGGGGGCAGCCUACUGCUUCGACACCCGAAGAUGCACAUACAGAGGGCGGGAUGAGGGGUGGUACACCUAGAGGGCGUGGGGGGCGUAGAGGACGAGGGACAAGUCGGAGGGGGCAUGUGAAAGAGGAUUUGAUAUAUAUACCAAUCCUGAGUCAGGACAAACAACAUUAAAUCCAGGGGAAACAAGUGAGAGGGUGCUAAGUGAAGGAUGAGAAGCUCAUUGUGAGAUGUAUGGUGAACAAGAAAUUAUUGAUUGCUGGUGGUGGGGGCUUUGGUGACAUUUUGACUUGGGGUGUAGACAAGGCAUUGGGGUGUUUGCUGGCAGAUUUUUUUUUAAAAUAAAAACACAAUCCUUAACAAUUAUAUUAACUAAUCACUCAUACAUAGGAAGUCAUUGAUCCAACCGUUUAUAGCAGAUUUGGGGCCUCUUACUUUCACCAGGUUCCACACAAUAAUCCUCUCCAUUGGCCUUUAAGGUCAAGAUAAGUCUAGUGCAGUAGGCUGCUGCACUGCACUGGUUUAUCAACGGACCCACUAGAACAUACAAAGAGAAGUUCCUUGAUUUGGAAGCCUUCAAUAAUCAAUACUAUGACUCCUUCCUUAGAGAGAGAGUGUGAUAGUUCAUUGCUCCUGGGAAACUGAUCGGGUUCAGUGGGCUUCUUCCAACUCUCAGUUAACCCAUUUCUACUAAACAAUUUUUUUGAGUUGUACUCCUAUACAUAUUAAAUGAGUUAAUAAGGUCACUUUCACUA